AUGAGCUCUCUAGAAGUACACAGUCUCGCUGCUUUUGAAGAUGAUAACGGUAACGUUGCAAUUGAAUCCAAUGAAGGCACGUCGUCUAAUACCUCUGAUAAUUUGUAUUCAUCAGGAGAGGGUAUCGGAAUUACCUACAAUACGUCUCAAUAUGGAGAUUUCAGUUCAGAGACAACAUUUGAUUCAGAUGGAGACGAUGAACAGGUUUUGGAAAAUAAAGGAAACUGGGCGGAAUUACCAUCUCUUGCAGUAGAAAAUAUCUAUUCAUUUCUCAGUAGAACUGAUCAAAGCCGCAUGUCUCAAGUGUGCUCUCGAUGGUCGAAAGAUAUCGGCUCACCCUAUUUAUGGAAAACAAUGAAGUUUUAUUUGCCUGAACAUUAUCACUCUUCAGAAAUAUAUCCAGAAGUAAAAUUUGCUUGUCAGCACGCUUCCAUGUUUCGACAUGUCGAAAUUAUUUGCAAAAGAGUUAGGACCCAUCUCAAAAGCGUGAUUUGGAAACAGCUUAAGUUGUUUCUGAAAGCUAUAACGGACUCUUCGCAGCUUUCUUCACUUAAAUUCAUUAAUAUAGGAUUUUACUUUCACAAUCUGAAUAGUAUCAUCCGCAAAGACUUAUUCAAAACCAUUAUAACUUUCUUCAUUUCACAAAAGAAUCUCAAAACGGUCGUUUUUCAAGGAAGCCGUUUCAGCAAAGAAGAGGGAUUGAAGCUCUUGAGAGCAAUACUCCAUUCUGAAAGCAACACGAUAAGACACCUCACACUCCGAGGAUUUAUAAAUGAGAAUUCAUCCACAGUUGGUAAUAAAUACAAAUCAGAUUUGUUGGAAGUGUGCGGUAGAAUUGCAAAUAUAGAGUCACUUGAAGUAGAUUAUGCACAAACCUUUGAAGAUGUCAUAAACUGCUUAUAUGAAAAGUUUUGUUAUAGUGAUUACCAGUUUAAUAAAAAUAAACCCAGUAUGUCGUCUCUUAUUAUUCACUGUGAAGAUACUAGACAAUCAAUAUCUAGAGGGAUUCUACCUAGAACUUGGAAAUAUUUGAAAAAAGUCUGUCCGGAUUUGAAAGUGAAAAUGGACGUUACCAUUCAUAAUAACUUAAACAGAGAAAUGGGAAAAUUCCUAGUUAGCAAAAUACCUCUACAGACAUUGGAUUUUCGCUUUGAAAAGUUAUUAUCUUCAAAUGCCGAUAUUAGAAAUUUGUUCACAUACUUUGAAAAUUGCAAAUACCAAGAUCAUUUAAAAAUUUUGAAUGUUCUGUGGAUGCCUUUUGUCUCUGAGUUUGAAAGUUCUCUUAUUCCAUUUGUCCAAACCUGCAAAAAAUUACAGACUUUACAUCUUCAUGCUCAAAGUACGCCAAUUGGAAUUGAAAACAUUCUCAAGGCAUUUUUAGAAAACAGCCCAGCAUCGAUGAAAUCAAUUACAAUAUGGAUUUGUCAACUUCAAGAAGAAGAGGAUGAAGACAGUUUUAGAGCAUUAUCAGAAGAAUAUUAUCCAUUAUUUACCGCACAAGGCAUAGAUUGCUUUCUAAUUGUGGAUCCUAGGCAAAGGCGGUAA